GACAAUACUGUUGGACACACACAUACACACGCACACACACACACACACAUCAGAGAGCAUCAGCUUGAGGAUGAAUUUCGCAGCACAGUUUUUGGCAAACUUUGCGAACGACGGCUCGCAGCCACAAGAGACACGGAGAGGCUUUAAUGACAGCGAGGAGUAUGAUCCCUUCUGGCAGAGGUGGGAAACCCAGCGGCUCGGUUCCUCCAGGCCCGACAGCGGCCCGUGUGCUAAAGACGCUCGCCUCGCUAACGGCCGCGCGAGCCGCCGCUCAACCCUCAUCUGCCCAGAGCGCCUGAAAGACUUCGGAGCCGAGGAAUACCUCAACGGAGACGUGAAGGUGUUCGAGACCAGCGUCUCAGAGCCACCCGAGGUCCAGUUGAUGUCGACACCGAAACCGCCCGCUAAGAAAAGCGUGGAGGGGAAAUCGGCUCCUAAAGCAGUUCCGGAGCAUCUGCGCUUCGAGGACGUCAGCGCCGCAGCAUUCAGACUCCAGCAGUCCGGGAUCCAGAAAACACCCUGCAGCUACUCCAGACUGUCCAAACAGUACGGGAUGGAGAUCUACCUGAAGAAAGAGCUUCUCCAUUACACUGGGUCCGUGAAGGAGAGAGGAGUGCUGUGCCUGCUGUCCUCGCUCAAACAGGACCAGCAGAGGAAGGGUGUGAUCGUGGCCACGGACUGUAACUUCUCCAUGGCAGUGGCGCAUCACGCAGCGGAGCUGAGGAUUCCCGUGCUCGUCAUCAUGCCGGCGUACAGUUCUCCUCCACGCCUGCGCAUGUACCGAGACUACGGCGCCAUGGUCAUCUCGUACGGCAGCACGGCUCGAGACUCCAGCAACCACGCCAGACACCUGGCCAAGGAGAACGGAUACCUGUGUCUAGAGGAGGACGAGAGCGCGGUGUAUCUGGCAGGUCUGGGCACCGUGGGUCUUGAGAUCUACGAGCAGAUGCCCGCGCUGGACGCCGUGAUCGUGCCCACCGGUGGAAGCUGUGCCCUCCUGGCCGGAGCCGCACUCGCCAUCAAACACCUGAACCCUCGCAUCGCUGUCAUCGGUGUUGAACCCGAGGAGUUUCCACUUCUUCUGCAGUCGCUCAAAACUGAUUCCCCCAUCAAAGAUCUCUACUGCAACCCCAACAAGAAGCUCUACAGAGAUUUGGUGGAUCACUCUCUGGGAACACACACCUUCCAGCUGGCCAAGAAACUGGUGGAUAAAGUCAUUUCUGUCAGGGAGUCGGACGCGCUGGUGGCCAUGCUGAGGUUCCAGGAGUUCGAGCGCGCCACCGUCGACACCGAAGGAGCCUUGGGUCUGGCCGCCAUCUUAGCGGGACACCUGCCAGAACUCAAGGGCAAAAGGGUGGCGGUGGUGGUGAGCAGUGCAAACAUGGAGCUGGACCUGGUUCUGCAGUGUGUGGAGCGAGCGCUGGUUCUGGACGACAGAGUCUUUCGCUUCGCGGUUCAGCUGACGGACUGGCCAGGAGACAUGACCAAACUACUGGACCUGCUGACCCGAGAGGACGUGCGGUUGCUGGAUGUUUGCCACAGACGCUACAGUGAUAAAGCUGAGCUCUUCAAAGCACAGGUCGAGUGUGUUGUUGAAAUGAGGGACAAAAGUCAGAACUCACAGCUGAGACGAACACUGUCCGAGCGCUAUCCAUCCCUGCGCUGGCUGGAGCGGUGAUACACACACACACACACACACACACACACACAAGCACACACACGCAUGCACGCACACACACACA